GUUCACCUGGCGACUUCAAUCCUCAAAGUGGACGGACCUAUCUUGGCGACUGCUGGAUGAACUUCUCGCACAGUGCAUAGAAUGCAGCAUGCCCGAUCUGGUCCAUGACAAGCACGGGACGGCAGAGACAUGUGAUGAUCUUCGAAUGGACAGAAUCUGGUGCAUGAGGUAUUGUCCAUGUCGUGCCAAGUGCAUCGAACGGCACGCUUGGAACAUGCAGAAGCUGAAAACCAACAACGGCAAAAUCGAUUCCUGGGUGGUACACAAGCAGCAUGAACCUUACCUUGCUGUCUUCCGCAAUGCGUCUGUGUCGUACAACAGCGAGGUCUACAACAAUGAGGUGGUUUUCGAUUCACGCGGGCGAUGCCCGCGUGCGGGAUCAUUCCCACGUGCGUGGCCGGAUAUUGCUCGCGAUCGUCAUUACAAGAAGAUCUUUGUCACAGAUUAUACAUGGAGGGGUCCAUAUCACGACCUGGCAGACAUGACCACGCGUCUAACUCCCUACAUUGAUGCGCUGCUUGAAGACCCCACUAUCAUGAUACAUACGACUGCCGACCUCACGGGCACAGAAUACGAAAACAACCCCUACGACAUCCACCCACCGGGCGUUAGGUUGAAGACUAUUAUGGACAUGUUUGGCAUUAAUCACUUACGUUUGAUCACUGGGGACGUUCACGGAGACCUCAUCAUAGUGCCGGAAAUACACUGCCUUCCUAACGAAUGGCUCUUUGAAGUGUAUGCAUCGAGGUUAUCCCGGAUGAUACACGGUUACCUUGUGGAAAACGGCUACAGUGCCGACUUGCCGUUUGGAGAAGGGACGAUCCUUGUUAUCAAGCGAAGUGGCACUCGGAGAAUCAACAAUCACAACGAACUGAUCGCAGCCAUUACAAAAGAGUUCAGAGGAAAACGCCUUGAAGUGUACGAUGAUGUUUACAAACUCCCUCCAAAUAAGAUUUGGGGACUCUUCUACUCUGCGGAUGUUGUCGUGGCACCACAUGGCGCAGGGUUGACCAAUAUGCUCGCUGUCAGAAGGGGUACAGUGGUGUAUGAGUUCCUGCAGCCCCACCAGUCUGUGUGGGACCCUGCAGAUAUGAACUUAUGCUACAGGGAUCUUGCGAUUGCGGUGUCGGCUGAUUAUUAUGCCGACUUCCCGAAGGUCUUCCACCAACUGUCGAAGCGCUUUGAUGUUAAGAAGAUGGAGUGGGAGGAGCAUCCAACGGCGAUGACCGUAGAUGUGCUGACAACCAUCAAACGGCUGAAGACAAUCAUGAAGGACAGAGGAAUCUUGUGAUAAGACAGUCUCCGGCGAUUUGAAGGCGAGUCCCGGUGGCGGGUUGAUGGUGUCAUGUAGCCUCAGGCUGAGUUUUGACCAACAAGUCUUGCAUAUCAUGAAGCAAAGUUAAGAAUCACUCAAUGCUGUAUCAUGAAGCAAACUUAAGAAUCAUUCAAUCCUGUUUUGCAGUAGACUAAGUUCUGACGUACACGAAGAGGAUAUGGACAUGAAGGGAAACACGGGGGAAGACUGAGGGUAUAGCACUCCGCAGGUCAUAGAGAGUGUACAUGUGUUUUUUUCUUAAUAAAUGACAGUAGCCUGU